AUGGAGGAGCAAGACGGACGGAUCGUGCGGCGAGCUGUAAAUUCAAUCUUAAGCCAGGUAGGUGAAUAUUUUGACAAAUAGCGUCCUUCUUGUCUUUAGUUCGACUUCAAAACGAAUGAAUUGAAUCAAAGACACCUUCGGGAGAUCAAGAGUGUGCUCAAAAAGAAUGAUAGUGUCGUGCUUGGCUUCUGCAUUCAGAUUUUCGAGGAGUUGAACAAGAAUGAUUGUGAUCGAAGACUGGGAACGGUUCUUUUGACCGACUACUUCUUCCAACGGUCGCAUAAGUUCCGCCUAGAGUUGAUAAAGCAUCUACAAGACUUCUUGAUGCUGACUCUGGAAACUGACGCUGUUCGAUGCCCAUUGCCGGGACCAAUUUCAGCCGCCAAGAACUUGAAGAAGUGGUCGAUAAAGAUUGUCAAAGGUUGGAUUGAAAAGUUCGGUGAGGGCUACGUGAAGCUAAAGGGAGCUGAGAAAUUCCUCAAGGACAACAAAAACUUUGACUUCAACUCAGUUGGAGCGGAUUUACUGGUAACCUUUUUAUUUCUUUUUUUCAAAGUUUAGGUGCUAAAAUAAGGUCGAAAUAGCUCAAAAUUGGUGGGAAUUGCAGAUUGAACGGCGUCGAGCAGAGGAAGAGCAGUUCAAACAACGUGUUCAAGCGAAGAAAUGUGGAGAUGCGAUUAGUCGAGUUCUCUCAGAGAGCAAAUCCGAUAUUGAGAGGACCAUAAACGAAUGCCGCAAUUCCAUCGAUCUUUUAUACCCCGAUAUCUUUCAAAAUGGGGAUGAGGAGAAGGCUGGAACAUCGAGCGAGCUGACCAAAGCGGAAUUUGAAAAGUUGCAUGGAUAUAAGAACAAUACCGAGCUUCAGAUUGAGAUCACAUCAGGUGAGCUAAAAUAAUAUCCGCUUGGUUGGAAAGUCGACUUUUUUGAUAGUAAAAUUGCUUUAGAAAGCAAGAUAGUUUAAUAUUAAACUAUUUGCAGCCAAAGUUACGAUUGAAGAGACCGAGGACAACAGCAUAUUAGUCAACGCAUUAAAAGAUGCGGCGAUUUUGCUCCGAAAAUCGUUGGCAACUCUUCAGAAAUGGCUGAAACGAUUGAUUGAAGUUGGCGGCGAUCAAAAUCAAGCUCUCAUCAAGAAUAUUGUCGAUCUAAAAGGGCAAAUCCAACGAGAAUUGAACAGAUGUGAUCGAUUGAAAAUAAUCAAGCCUGGGUCUGGUAGUGAAGACGACGAAUCCGAUGGUUUUGUUGAUGUGGAAGAUGAUGAAGCCGCUUUACUGGGAUUUGAGGGUCCUGUGGUAUGUGUUUUCGAAUUUUUUGGUCGAAAUUUUAGAUGGAAUUGAAGGAAGAAGUGGGUGAAUUCGCCGGAAAUGAGGAGCAAAAGCCCUCGACAUCCUCUGAACUGCAUGUGGAGAAGGAGAAGUCUGAAUCAGAGCGGGAAAUUCCAAAAAUCCCCAAAUUAAGGUAUGGCCUCGACCUCAAAUAUUGGGGCCAAAAGAUCGAACCGGCCGCUGUGGAGCGCAAUCUGUACGAUGGACAUCGGUUUUGGAAGGGCUAUGAUCCGGGGAGCGAUACGGCCAAGGAGUCGGAACAGGUCUACACGGAGCGCGAAAUUUUGUUCAUCGGGAAACGGCCGGAAAUCAAAAAAAGCUGCCGAUUCCCCAUGAAUAACGGGAAAUUGUGUCCACGAAUGGACCUGCAGCGAUGCCCGUUUCAUGGCCCGAUCGUGGAAAGGGACGAAAUGGGCUUUCCUGUUCAUGAACUGGGAAGAAAGUAAGGGUUUUUGGAGGAUUUUGGAUAUUGUAGUAGAUAAAAAGUGGGGUUUUUGAUGGGAAAUGGAAGAGAGAGCAGUGUAUUGGGCCUGAAAAGGAAUUUACAAAGGUCCUGAAGGUCUGUGGAGGACAAGAGAUGAUGAAUUUAUAUUGUUUUAGACGAUUUUUGAUGAAAAAUGGGGAAAAGGCUGAAUUUUUGGGGGAAAUGUUGAAGAAUAUGAUAGAAAAAUGAUGAAAAUUUAGAUUUCAUAUCAUAUGGGAUGAUUUGGAAUAUAUUUUGCAUCAGAGUUUAUCGAAAAUUUGCAAAAAAAAUAUCAAAAAAAGUCUUUUCUGGUGGAAAAGUUACAAAAUUUAUUGAGCUUUGAUGAUUAUAACUGUUGAAAAAAAUAGUUUGUGGUCUUAUCAUCACAGAAAGGUAAAAAUGUUUGAUGAUUUUCUCAAUUUUUUCCUCGAAAUUUCAAAAACAAAUUUUAGUUUUGACAAGGAAAGUACUUCUAUGGGGUAUGGAGUUACAGGUCGAAACAUAUAUCAAAAAAUUCCCAAAACUUUUCUGAUUCAGAAUAUGUAAAAAUUAGCAGCCUAUUUUUGGUUUGUAAGGGUGAAAAAAUCCUCAGAACUUUUCUCGCAACACCACGAAAAUGCCUUUUUGACCAAGUUUUUGCCAAAUCAAAAGCUUUGUUUGGAGCUAAAGUAAACCCUGGCGUCUUGACAAACCUUAAAAUAUCAAAUUUGAUUAAUACAACACCUUAAUAAAUGCCCCUUUUUUACAUUGGAAUUACUAAUUAAGGUGUAUUAAUCAAAUUUGAUAUCAGGCUUGUCAAGAUACCAGGGUUUACUUGAGCUCAAAAACAAGCGUUUGAUUUGGUAAAUACUUCAUCAAAAAGGCAUUUGCGUGUUGUUGCGGGAAAAGUUCUGAGGAUUUUUCGCCCUUACAAACCAAAAUUAGACAGCUAAUUUUUACAUAUUCUGAAUCAGAAAGAUUUUGCGAUUUUUUUGAUAUAUGUCUCGACCUGUAACUCCAUACCCCAUAGAAGCACUUUCCUUGUGAAAAUUUGAUUUUUUUUUAAAUUGCCAGGGAAAAAUUUGAAAAGAACAUCAAGCAUCCGGCUUUCCCUGUCAUGAUAAGAAUAUAAACUAUCUUUUGACACUUCAAACCAUUAAAACUCAAUAAAUUUUGUCAUUUUCCGGCCAGAAACACUUUUUUUACCCUAUAGAAGCACUUUCCUUGUGAAAAUUUGCCUAGUAAUCUCAAAAAAUCCCGAUUUUAGCGCGUUGGAAGCCUUAAAAAACGCGGAAGAAAAGAUAAAACGGCGUGCCGAGCAAGAAGAACUCGAAUAUGUUCGAGACGUAGAAGCCGCCGUCGGAAUUCCCCUUCAAAUCGACCGGUCGAAGAAGAAACGCAAAACUUUUGGCAACCGAAAUUAUGGAACGGCCAGAAAACGCGAAAAAACGGAAGGAGAAAGGUCGAGAGAACGACUGGAAGUAAGGAUUUUGGAUGCGAAAUUAAAUGAGACAUCGUUUAGAAGAAACUUUUCGAUCGCCGAGCAAUGCGAAGAGUUGCCGAGACUCUGGCCGAAAUCCAAAGACAUCGCGCCCAAAAAAGCUUUGCAAAUCAGUUCGUGAACGCGGUUAGUCGAUGA